GCUACGUUUCUCAUCAUCAGGCCAUGUUGUCCUCUCCUUCAAUUUAUCCUUGACCACCUCCUUCUCUUUUGUUCAAUGCUGCCCUCAUAAUAUGCCCGCCGCUGACUUCGCCGCCGCCCAGCGCCGGCUUCAUGAGCGGCGCCAGCAGCGCGAAGCAGCCAUCCGCGCCCAGCAAGAGCAAGCCGCCGCCGCACGCGCCGCCGCAACACAGAGAUUACCAUUCCCUUUGCGAAACUUGGGUUCUGUCAGUCUCGCAUUGUGGGACAGCAUUAAGGGUCGUGAGGGUACCAAACCUGCUUUCCGCGUUGGCCAGGUCGACGCCGAGCUGUUGGACGAAGAGCUCCUGGAAUUGUUGAAGGGACGGGUCGGAGAGGCGCUCAAGUACUAUGGAAAUCAGCUCCAUUCUGACUACAGUGCCGAAAUACUAUUGGUUCUGAGGGCGAUACUCUUUAAACUCUCCAUAUGGGAUCACGACGCCAGUUACGGAGCCAGCCUGCAAGGUCUUCGAUACACUGACGCACGUGAAAAGUCGUUAUCGCGGCCACCACCCAAGAAAUGGCAAAAAGCCGUGUACGGGCUCAUAACCGUGUUCGGACGCUACGGCUGGACGAAGUGGGCCGCCUAUCUAACGGAACAGGAGGGCGGAUAUGACGAACCCUCCCUGCUCAUGCGGCGCCUCUCCCAUCUGACGACUCGAUUGUCGACCGUGCACAGCAUCGUAGCGCUAUUUUCCUUCCUAACUUUCCUCUAUAACGGUCGCUACCGGACAAUUCUCGACCGCAUUCUGCGCCUCCGCCUGGUGCCGACAACAGCGCACACUAGCCGUGAAGUCUCCUUCGAGUACCUAAACCGACAACUCGUAUGGCACGCAUUCACUGAAUUUCUUCUAUUCUUGCUCCCUCUCGUUGGUGUCUCCCGAUGGCGGCGCAUCCUUUCACGAGCUUGGCGACGUGUUAUCGCCUCCUUCAAGCGCUCCUUUGGCAGUAGUGCCGAAGAUGACGAAGAUGCAAUACCGAAAGGGGAGCUUGGGUUUCUCCCCGAGCGCACCUGUGCGAUCUGCUAUUCAGAUCAAAAUCCAAUCGUGGGCGCUGGCAGCGAGGCCGACAUUUUGGCGGCCACUACAGGCGGUGGAGUCAUUGGCAGUGCACAAACAGACAUAACGAAUGCGUAUGAGGCCGUACCGUGCGGUCAUAUCUACUGCUUUGUGUGUCUUGCUCAGAAGAUCGAAGCUGAAGAAGGCGAGGGUUGGACGUGUCUUCGUUGCGGUGAGAUCGUCAAGGAAUGUAAACCCUGGAACGGAGAUGUUAUUGAGGAAUCGCCCCGUCCAGGAAGCGCGAAGAGUGUAGGGUUCACCAGUGGAGGGGCUGCAGACAGGAAAAGCGACCAGAAGAACGCACGUAUCGAGGAGGAGCAAGAAGAAGAAGGCGAAGGAGAAGAAGAAAGUCUUGCUGAAGUAGACCCCAUGCCAACCGACGAUGAAGCCCGGACGGAUCGCGGGAUGGACACGAAUGGUUUCAUUAGCACCACCAGUCUCGGAUUUCAUAGCACUGAUGGGCUUGGUGAGAGUAGCGAGUGGGCUCGCGCAAGUCGCAUGACAGAUGGACAGGAUUACGAGAACCACAAUGGGAGCGUUGUUGGUACCGAAACAGGGACUGAACCCGAGACAGAAACUGGUGCCAGCACGUUCGACAGCGAUGAGGAUGAUGCUAGCGAAGAGAUGGACGAAGAGAUAGAAGAGAUGGAGGGAUUUGAUUGAGGUGACUGCCGAGCGAGACAUUUAUGUGCAGUACGCACAUGUGUUCUCAACGGGCCAUUCUCUUUUCGCAAUGCAGAUGUCGCAACAGCUCAGAGUGGAGCCAUCUCACAACAGCACUAUGCAAUCGUGCAUACCUUUUGGUCGACCAGCACAUAAUGGCCAACUUUUCUGCUUUAGCAGAUAACAAGCGCGCUUUUUCGCGCGAAGCUUGUGAAGCAUAGAGGACAGUAAUGGAUUGCCCAAGCAUAGUGACUCAUUUGACUGUCGAGAAUGAAGGAAGGAAAGCGGCUUGAGCGUGAUCUUCUAGCCGUUACAUCCGCUGCCAAUGAUUCCAGCGAAAUAUGUUUCUUGCAUAAGCAAAUAAAAGUCGGUACCUUCAAGCAUUACUAAUAUCAAAGUGUUGUAACACUUCUUCAUGCUAUUCUAUACAGGACCUGCGUAUUCACGUCUGAAUGGG